UUCUGUGCUUCCGUUGUGUUGAAACCGCAAGAAUGUUCGUUUUGAGCCGCGUUUUGUUCUGUGGAGGCGUCAUGGUCCCUGAACGCACCUCCCUCACUGUGUGUCAAUUCUCCGUUGUUCACCGCCUCACAUCCCCCAGGAAAAACAGUCCCUACAGCUCUGUGGACAGUGAGCGCUAUUCCUCUCUUGUAAAAUCCGUCAUGUCCUCCCGGGUCAGCUCUCAGACCCCAGAAAGCCUUCAGGCUGAAGACGAUCAGAUGUAUGGACCGGUUGUCAAAGCGCAGAUGCCUUCACGGAAUGAACCCAGGGUACCGAAAAUACUCUAUUCUCUCUUAAACUCUGAACGAGCUCUAGAAACUGAGGAUCCAGAGACCGGACCACCAACCCGGAUUAUGUUAAAUCGGGGACAGGGGAGACCGUUUGUCCCGAGUGUGACUCGCAUUCUUCAGCAGACCCUUUCUUCAGAGCAGAGCUUCUACCUGGAGAGAUGGAAGAGGAGGAUGAUCGCUGAGCUUGGGGAGGAAGGCUUCAAGGCAUACAGCCAGAAUCUUUUCAAACAAGGGAAAGAUUUCCAUGCGGCUCUGGAGGGCAUUCUGACCUCUGCCGAAAGAUGGAAAAGUGGGAAUCUCUUGGAGACAUCAGAGUUUCCUCCUGAAGUACAAGGAUACGUCCAAAGCAUCUCUCACGUAUUAGAGGACGUAAGAGCAGUGAGGGCCAUUGAAAGCACUGCGCAGCACAGUGCCCUGAAUUACUUGGGAAUUGUGGACUGUGUUGCUCGCUACAAGGGUGUGUUGUGUGUUAUAGAUUGGAAAACUUCGGAAAAACCCAAACCAUUCCUCAGCAACACCUAUGACAACCCUCUUCAAAUAGCAGCAUAUGCUGGGGCUCUGAACAGUGAUGACAACUACAAAUACCAGGUUGAAAAUGGGCUUAUAGUUGUUGCCUACAAAGAUGGCACACCGGCUCAUGCUCACCAGGUAAACGCAGAGCUGAUGUCAGAGUACUGGAAAACAUGGUUAUUACGUCUUGAAGAUUUCAGUGAACCCAGAUCAAGUGCUUCAUCAAGUCCAUCUCCUGAAAAGUGAGACGUGUCAAGAGAUCUGCACUGACAAAGUUCCAGCUUGAUAACUGAAGCCUGAAAUAGAAACUAAAAAAUUAGAAAUGUUUUUUCUAUUUAUUCUCAGCUCUUAUUGUUUUUGAAACAAAUGCAAAUAACGUGCUCACACCUUGUAAUUAUGAUUUUUUUUUUAAUGUUUCAACUAAUAUAUAAGUUGAUGUUCUUGUAUGGAAGCAUUUAUAAAUGAUUGAAUCCAAACCACGCUUCUCUAUAGGAGGGGUCCUCUGAGAAGCCCAUGCUUUUGAAGAGCUUGUAGGAGACUUUGUUCUCCUCCUCUAUGAAGCAGAACACCGGGUAUCCCUGACCAAUGAGUUUCUUAGCCAUGCUGCUAAUCAGGACUUUAGCGUAGCCUUUCCCUCUGUGCUCCGGCAAAGUAUACAGCAUUCCAAGGGCACAGGACACAUAGGUCAACAUCCAGGACACAGGCUUUCCUUCGGCAUCCAUCACACAGCAGGACGGGAAGUUUGUAACCAUGUUGCGGAUCAUCCUAACAGCCUCUUGGUUCUUUGAAAACUUCCAUGUCUGAUUCACCAAGUCGAUGUGGGAUUCAUCCAGGGAGUCGAUGCUGAUCCCUGAGCUGAUGCACAAAAGACAGAAAAACAUUUCAGAGAGGUUUCUGUUAUGUUAAUAAGACAUUAUUUUAAUAACUUUAUAUACAUUGUUUUUGUGUUUUGUAAAGUUGGUUGUACCAGUCUAUAGCGGGUAGCUUGGAUGCAUCGUCCAGGAUCAUCAUGUGACAAAUGGACAGUUUGUAGCUGGGAACAUUCCUUUCUGAUGCAGCUGUUUUAAUGAUUUCCAUGUGUGGAAGACUGAUCCCUAUAACACAAGCAAUCACAGCUCGAGUAAAACCUGGUGUGCAUUUUUUCCAUAAAUAAGAUUAAUAUAACAUCUGUCUGCAGUGGAUUGCAUGGUUUGUCACCUUUCAAACACAAAUGUCAAUGGUUUUUACUGGAAUAUUAUAUUGACAGAAAAAAGUACAAAAAGAACACAUGCAGGGUAUUUUAUGAAUAAGAUGAAGAUUGAGGUGUGAAUUUGUACAUGAUGCUGGAUACUUAAAGUGCAAUUGCUAUCUUUAGUAAUCUAAUCAGUUAACAGAGCCCAUCUGGGUGUAUUGCACUGCAAAGACCUUGGUUUGUUAGAGAGAUGUGUGAAUUCAGACAGGUCAGGGAAAAAUUGAAGGGCCGUUAAUUGCCAUAAGAAAUCAAAUAUUGGUCAGAUAUUUGUUUCGAGAUAUACAGAGCUGGUGGAGACAGGUCCAACAAUAAGCCGUUUUCCUAAGGAUUAUAAUAUG